AAGUGAGGGCAUUGGAGGGAAUGAAAUGAAACGAAACCCUGAGCGGUUAAUUGAAUUGAAUUGAAUUGAAUCGAAUCAAGGUGCAAAAUCUGAGAAGAAUCUUGAUUCAUCAUUCAUUCAUCGAGGUUUGUUCAUGAUCCAUGCCAAAAAUGAAGCAUCUACUCAGAAAGCUUCACAUCGGUGGUGGCGCUGCUACAAUCAAUCACAAUCACAUAUUGCCUCACGCUGAUCCUCUCACACACACUCCUCCUUCUUCUUCUUCCUCUCUUCCCUCGCCGUCUACUCCAACCGUCGUCGUUUCGGAUCCGAACCCUGUCGUUGAGUCGGAAAACGACAACGGUAGCACCAACGAGGGUGUCGUUGAUUUCAAUCUGUUGCAGGAAGAAGAGUUUCAGAUGCAGUUGGCUCUGGCAAUCAGCGCUUCUGAUCCCGAUCUCCACGAACUAGCUGAAUCUGCACAGAUCGAUGCCGCCAAACAGAUGAGCCUCGGUUAUUCUGCUUCUCUCACUGACACCAAAGCCCUUGUUCAGUUUCAAUCCCUUCGUUAUAGGAACUACAAUGUCAUUGCUUAUGAUGAGAAAGUGAUGGAUGGAUUUUAUGAUGUUUAUGGGAUUACCUCCAAUUUGAUUGAACGAGGAAAGAUGCCGUUGUUGGUGGAUCUGCAAACUACGCCUGUCUCAGGGAAUGUUGAUUGUGAAGUGAUUUUGGUGAACCGUGUAGUGGAUAUGGAACUGAAUCUGCUGGAGAAAAAAGCAUGUGCUUUGUUCAAUGAGUGUUCUGUUUCUGAACUAGGACUAAUGUUGAGUGGCUUACUUCAGAAACUUGCUGAUAUUGUUGUUAAUAGAAUGGGUGGACCAGUUGGUAAUGCUGAAAAAAUCACCAAAAGGUGGGCUAUGAGGAGUCGUGAAUUACGAGAUUCUUUAAGAACCACUGUCCUUCCCCUUGGCUGUCUCGAUGUUGGACUUUCGCGUCACCGAGCCCUACUUUUUAAGGUACUUGCUGAUAGGAUUAAUAUUCCCUGCAUGCUAGUAAAAGGGAGCUAUUACACAGGAACUGACGAUGGGGCUGUGAAUUUGAUUAAAGCUGAUGAUGGAAGUGAAUACAUUAUUGAUAUGAUGGGUGCUCCCGGCAUUCUUAUUCCUGCUGAGGUACCCAGCAGUCAACUCCAAAACUACGGUUUUGCUGUUAGGGGUUGUGCAGAGAUUGUAGGACUACCUAACAACACGCAUGCGAUGCUUGAUGAUGCAACUGGUGUGCCGGGAGUCUUGUCUGAUUAUGGUAGAAUUUCAACAAUGGGGAUGGUCCAGACAGAAGAACUAUUAGAUAUGGGCAGUCAAACAAAACCAGAUGAAAUAAAUUAUGUUGAUGUGAAUGAAACAGCGAGAUUUAAACAUACAGAGGCAUAUGAAUGCUCAUCACAUACAGAACCAUCACCUGCAGAAAUGAUGCAUGUAAAAGAUGUCUCUGAGUAUGUUCUCAGUGCAACUAAGCACCCAGAAUUUGCUCAAAAACUGCACACUGUUCUAGUAGAGAGUGGAGCAUUACCUCCUCCUGAUCUAUUUUCAGAUAUGAAUCCCCGAGAUAGGGGUGUAGAUAAAGCAAAUGAAAUUUUUUUUGUUGAUACUGUUCAAGCUGACCCAAAUAGGUUGUUACUAAACUAUAAGAAGUCUCUCAAGCCCUCUCAAGGGGUGGGCUCUGGGAGCGAUACUAGGUUGUGUCAAUCUGCUGACCAGUUAGCUGAACAGCGAAAAGAAUUUCAUACAGAUGCCAUUAGUUUUUGUAAUUCUUCACAGAGUGAUAAUACAAGGAAUUGGUUUGUAACUGUUUCUGAUAGAGAUGAUGGUUUAGAGCAAUCUAAUGACAUUGAAUUGGAGAAAGAUUCAGCAAUUCAAAUAAAUGAGACAGUCAAUGGAGAUUGUAACCUAUUUGAUGGUAAAAGCAAGGAAGUAAACCCAGUACUUGGUGAAGGCACAGAAUGGGAAAUUCAAUGGGAGGAUCUUCGUAUUGGUGAGCGUAUUGGUAUUGGUUCUUAUGGUGAAGUUUAUCAUGCUGAUUGCAAUGGCACUGAAGUUGCUGUGAAGAAGUUUCUAAACCAAGAUUUCUCUGGUGAUGCACUAGCUCAGUUCAAGUCUGAAAUUGAGAUCAUGUUAAGAAUGCGGCAUCCUAAUGUUGUGCUCUUCAUGGGAGCAAUAACUCGUGCCCCACACUUCUCUAUUUUGACAGAGUUUCUUCCAAGAGGCAGCUUAUAUAGGCUGUUGCAUCGUCCCAAUCUUCGACUUGAUGAGAAGAGGCGGUUGCGUAUGGCUCUUGAUGUGGCUAAGGGAAUGAAUUACUUGCACACAAGCCAUCCUCCCAUUGUCCAUCGAGAUUUAAAGUCUCCAAAUCUUCUUGUUGACAAGCAUUGGGUUGUUAAGGUCUGUGAUUUUGGUAUGUCACGGAUGAAGCACCAUACUUUUUUGUCAUCAAAGUCUUGUGCUGGAACGCCUGAGUGGAUGGCACCAGAAGUCUUAAGAAAUGAGCCAGCUAAUGAGAAGUGCGAUGUUUAUAGUUUUGGUGUGAUCUUGUGGGAAUUGACUACUAUAAGAAUCCCAUGGAAAGGUUUGAACCCAAUGCAGGUUGUUGGAGCUGUUGGAUUCCAAAAUAAACGGCUUGAAAUUCCAGAAGAUGUUGAUCCAGUAGUUGCACAAAUAAUACGUGAUUGCUGGCAAAUGGAGCCACACUUGCGGCCAUCAUUCUCACAGCUAAUGUCUCGUCUCAGUCGUCUUCAAAAUCUGGUUCUCCCAAAAACGAGCUCAACAGAUUAAAUGAAGUUGUCUAUAACAUAGCUAUUGUAAUAAUAUUCGAAGUUGUUCAUUGGUUCAAAGAGCCAGAGCAGCUAAUUUUUAUUUUUCAUCUUGACAUACUAAGAGAAUGCUGAACUGGAAAGGGUCGGUUCAUUCAAUGUUGGGACUGGACACAACCCGUUCAGAAAAAAGCAAGAUCUCCUCCCCAGAAUCUGCAUAAAUGCAGUGGAGGUUUAGUUGGAGUAGGUACAAUUGAAGAAUCCCCAGAGGGUAGAAAAGAAAGAAUCAAACAAAAAGAAAAAAAAAAGUACGAACUUAUUCUUUGUCUGUAUAGGUCUUAUUUGGAAUUGUAAACAAGUGAUCUCUCAGGUUCUCGUGGAAAUGUAAACAGAAACAAAAAAACAGAAACAAAAACCAGAAAAAAAAAAAAUGAAAGGCAUUUGUGUA